GACCGGUUGAAUUAAAUGAGUUGAAGUUACUGGGUCAAAGUGUUUGAUCCGGUCCAAUUCAUCUGAUCUACCAUCUCUCUCCUCUGCUCAUCGCUCAGCCAGAGAGGGUCGUCGUACGCGACAUUGCUCUCCCCGUUUCCAUCUCCUCUUCCCCCUUACGUCGGAAGCAGUCUACACCACGCCGUUCGUCUAAUGUCCUGAGGUUUUAUUAAAUUAAUACUCUAUAAUCAAGUGGCUCCUAGAUUGUCAUGCUGAAUGCUGAUUCCAGUUGGUGGGGAUGGGAUGAAUUCCACAAUGGAUGAGAUAAACUUGAUUCAGCAAGCUCAGAGGCAUCACCACCACCUGGUGGUGAGGGAUAUAGAAGAGAUUGAUUUGGAAAUCGGCACAGGGGAUGAUGAUGAUGGCCACUCAUUUGCCCACAACUCCCUUAUUUCCAUCACACCACAGGAAUCCGAAGCAGAAGAUCUCAGAGAGAACAAUGACCACAUGGCACUGGUUUCUCAACUUCCUGCUGAUGAAAGUCAAGAUAUGUCAAAGAUACAACCGAUGAAGAAAAAGAAAAAGGUUGUGAAGAGAUGGAGGGAAGAAUGGGCUGAUACAUAUAAGUGGGCCUAUGUUGACGUGAAAGAUGGAACACCGAGGAUAUUUUGCUCUGUUUGCAGGGACUAUGGUCGGAAACACAGGAGGAAUCCUUAUGGGAAUGAGGGAAGCAGAAACAUGCAAAUGAGUGCUUUGGAAGAGCAUAACAAUAGUUUACUUCACAAAGAGGCUCUUCGUCUCCAAACUGCCUCCAAAGAUAAACUUGUUGCUGAUAAACCUGUAUAUGUUAAAGAAAAAGCGCUCAUGUCAAAAACAUCUGGAUCAAUUAUUGAAGCUGCAUUGAAAAGAGACCCUCAAGAAGUAGAGUUUAUACAAUCCAUCCAAGAAGCUAUUCAUGCAUUAGAAAGAGUGAUUUCAAAAAACUCUAAUUAUGUCAGCAUGAUGGAGCGGUUAUUAGAACCUGAGCGUAUGAUUAUUUUUCGAGUUCCGUGGGUUGAUGAUAGGGGAGAGGCACAUGUGAACCGUGGAUUUCGGAUUCAAUUCAAUCAGACUCUUGGUCCUUGCAGGGGUGGGCUCCGUUUCCACCCAUCAAUGAACUUGAGCAUUGCCAAGUUUCUUAGUUUUGAACAGACUUUGAAGAAUGCCUUAUCUCCUUAUAGACUUGGUGGAUCUUCAGGUGGAAGUGAUUUUGAUCCAAAAGGCAAAAGUGACAAUGAGAUCAUGCGGUUUUGUCAGAGCUUUAUGAAUGAAUUGUUUCGUUAUUUAGGCCCUGAUAAGGACCUUCCCACGGAGGAGAUGGGUGUUGGAACACGCGAAAUGGGCUUUCUAUAUGGUCAAUAUCGUAAGCUGGCAGGGCAAUCGCAGGGAAGUUUUACGGGGCCCAGAGUGAAUUGGUCUGGAGCCAGUCUUCGCACAGAGGCUACUGGCUAUGGAUUGGUUUUCUUUGCACAACUUAUACUCGCAGACAUGAACAAAGAACUAAAAGGACUAAGGUGUGUUGUUAGUGGUUCUGGAAAAAUCGCAAUGCAUGUCCUGGAGAAACUUAUUGCAUAUGGGGCUGUUCCCAUCACUGUAUCAGACUCAAAAGGUUAUUUGGUGGAUGAAGACGGAUUCGAUUUCAUGAAAAUAUCUUUCUUAAGAGACAUCAAAGCUCAAAAUAGAAGUUUAAGAGAUUACUCAAAAACAUAUGCUCGCUCGAAAUACUAUGAUGAGGCGAAGCCUUGGAAUGAAAGGUGUGAUGUGGCAUUUCCCUGUGCAUCACAGAAUGAAAUUGAUCAAACCGAUGCUGUUGCCUUAGUAAACUCAGGCUGCCGCAUAGUUGUAGAAGGCUCAAAUAUGCCCUGCACUCCUGAGGCAGUUGAUGUUCUGAAAAAGGUUAUUAUAGUAGCUCCCGCUAUGGCUGCUGGGGUGGGAGGGGUUGUUGCCGGGGAACUGGAACUGAAAGAAUGUAACUUGAGCUGGUCUCCUCAGGAUUUUGAAUCAAAGCUACAGGAAGCAAUGAAGUUGACGUAUGAAAGAUCAUUAAAAGCAGCAAGUGAUUUUGGUUAUCAGAAGGAGAGUCCCGAGGCAUUGGUGCAUGGAGCCGCGAUAUCAGCCUUUCUUACCAUUGCCAAUGGUAUGACAGAUCAAGGUUGUGUAUAGUCUCUCCUCCCGUGUGAUCUCAUGGAUGAGUCUUAUUUGGUGCAAAUAUCGAGUUUAAAAGAUCCCAAGCAUGGGAGCUCUCCAUGUUGUUGCCAGUUUAUGAAUUAGGCAGUGUUUUCACCCAUCCAAGGGGGAGAUGGGAUCAUGGGAGGGGAGGAUCUGUAUGUAAAGUAUCUCAGAACGUGUAUGUUGUGUAGUGUUGAGGACUGAAUGGGUUGUCCACCAAUGGGUGAGACAGCUAUAUACAAAAUAAUAUUAGGAAAAUAUGUAAAGGUUGUGUUAGACUUGAGGAUUAAUUUAUUCAUUCAUUUAAAGCAGUACAAGGGUUUAUAUCUAAGAUUCAUAUUGUGUUAUUAUCUUUAAUUAUUACUGAUAGCUAAUCCGGACCAUGGUGUUUAGAAAAAAAUAUUUUAUUUGCUUUUAUUGCAAGAGAAAAUGUUCUAAACAAUACAUUAGCCCCUCUUGGAGGUAUUUAUAGCUGGAUAUUGGUAUACAAUCAAUAGGUUAUCUA